CGCAGGAGCCUCGCGAUAGUGUUUGCACAGGCGGCGCGUGACGCCGCCGCCGCCUGUAACUGAUGCAGAGGUUACCCCGCCGCCUCAGCCGCCACCCACCGCCCGCCGCCACCACCCGGGCGACGCCGAGGGCCGACGCACUGCAGAGGUGCCGGCAGGUUCCGCCCGCGGAAGUCUCCUCGGCCGGCGCAGCCCGCGCUCCGCCCGCGCUCCGACCCCGGCUCCGGCGGGCGCCCCCUCGACGCCUCUGCUGCCGCGCUCUUCCCCUCUGCCUCUUCUCCGGCGUGCCCGCCCGCUCCCUCGCUUCUCCCCCUCUCCCUCCUCCCUGUCCCCUCUGCUUCCCUCACCUCUUCCCUCCCCACCUCCUCUCUUCUCAGUUUCCUCCCCCAUUCCCUUGACUCUCCCCUCCCUGCCCUCGCUCUCUCGCUCGCCCUCAGCGCGGCCCCCGCCAUGACGGAGGCGGGUGCCGGUGCCGUUGCCGCCGCUGCCGUCGCAGGGGGGGAGUCGGGUUCCCAGAAAGUAGCUUGAUGAGUGUCCAAAGUAGCAGUGGAAGUUUGGAGGGGCCGCCAUCUUGGUCCCAGCUCUCCACGUCUCCAACCCCGGGCUCGGCGGCGGCGGUCAGGUCCCUGCUGAAUCACACGCCGCCAUCCGGGAGGCCCAGGGAAGGUGCAAUGGAUGAGCUUCAUAGUCUGGAUCCAAGAAGGCAAGAGUUAUUGGAAGCUAGAUUUACUGGAGUUGCAAGUGGGAGCACUGGGAGUACUGGCAGUUGCAGUGUUGGAGCUAAAGCCUCAACAAAUAAUGAAAGCUCUAAUCACAGCUUUGGAAGCUUGGGAUCUUUAAGUGACAAAGAAUCAGAGAGACAACUGGCAGGCAGCUGAAAGGACUGUGCAAGUGACGGACUUUAUCUGCAGUAGGUUCCCUUGAGACACCAGAGAAGAAACAAUCGGAGUCAUCCAGGGGAAGAAAGAGAAAAGCAGAAAACCAGAAUGAAAGUAGUCAGGGAAAAAGUAUUGGGGUACGUGGCCACAAAAUUAGUGACUAUUUUGAAUAUCAAGGUGGAAAUGGCUCAAGUCCAGUAAGAGGCAUACCUCCUGCAAUCCGUUCUCCUCAAAAUUCACAUUCACAUUCCACUCCUUCCUCAUCUGUUCGACCGAAUAGCCCUUCUCCUACUGCAUUAGCUUUUGGGGACCACCCUAUUAUACAACCAAAGCAGUUAUCUUUUAAAAUUACUCAGACUGAUCUCACAAUGCUGAAAUUAGCAGCAUUAGAAAGUAAUAAAAACCAGGACCUGGAAAAGAAGGAAGGUCGUAUAGAUGAUUUGCUCAGGGCUAACUGUGAUCUCAGACGGCAAAUAGAUGAACAACAAAAAUUACUUGAAAAAUACAAAGAACGAUUAAAUAAAUGCAUAUCAAUGAGCAAGAAACUUCUUAUUGAAAAGAGUACACAAGAAAAACUGUCAAGCAGAGAAAAGAGUAUGCAAGAUAGAUUACGCCUUGGGCACUUUACAACAGUUAGACAUGGCGCUUCAUUUACUGAACAGUGGACAGAUGGUUUUGCAUUUCAGAAUCUCGUGAAGCAACAAGAAUGGGUGAAUCAGCAAAGGGAAGAUAUUGAAAGGCAAAGGAAACUUCUAGCUAAACGCAAACCUCCUACAGCUAAUAAUUCUCAGGCACCCUCUACCAAUUCUGAACCAAAACAAAGGAAAAACAAAGCAGUCAAUGGAGCAGAAAAUGAUCCCUUUGUUAGACCAAAUUUGCCACAACUGUUGACUUUGGCAGAAUAUCAUGAACAGGAAGAAAUUUUCAAACUUAGACUAGGACAUCUCAAAAAGGAAGAGGCAGAAAUCCAGGCAGAGCUUGAACGUUUGGAAAGAGUCAGAAAUCUUCAUAUACGGGAGCUCAAAAGAAUAAACAAUGAAGAUAAUUCGCAGUUCAAAGAUCAUCCAACGUUAAAUGAAAGAUAUUUAUUACUUCAUCUGCUUGGUAGAGGUGGCUUUAGCGAAGUAUAUAAGGCUUUUGACCUUUAUGAACAAAGAUAUGCUGCUGUGAAGAUACAUCAACUUAAUAAAAGUUGGAGAGAUGAGAAAAAAGAAAACUACCACAAACAUGCCUGCAGAGAGUACAGAAUACACAAAGAACUGGAUCACCCCAGAAUAGUUAAACUAUAUGAUUAUUUCUCCUUGGAUACAGAUACGUUUUGCACAGUGUUGGAAUACUGUGAAGGCAAUGACUUGGAUUUCUAUCUGAAGCAACACAAAUUAAUGUCAGAGAAAGAAGCUAGGUCUAUUGUCAUGCAGAUUGUAAAUGCACUAAGAUAUCUCAAUGAGAUCAAACCCCCUAUUAUACAUUAUGAUCUUAAGCCAGGAAACAUCCUUCUGGUAGAUGGAACAGCAUGUGGAGAAAUCAAAAUCACUGAUUUUGGUCUGUCCAAGAUUAUGGAUGAUGAUAGCUAUGGUGUAGAUGGAAUGGAUCUAACUUCCCAAGGGGCAGGCACUUACUGGUAUUUACCUCCUGAGUGUUUUGUAGUUGGAAAAGAACCACCAAAGAUUUCCAACAAAGUUGAUGUGUGGUCAGUUGGAGUAAUCUUCUUUCAGUGUCUUUAUGGUAGAAAGCCAUUUGGUCACAAUCAAUCCCAACAAGACAUUCUUCAAGAAAAUACAAUAUUAAAAGCCACAGAAGUCCAGUUCCCUGUAAAACCAGUUGUAAGCACUGAAGCCAAGGCUUUUAUAAGACGCUGUUUGGCAUACAGAAAAGAAGAUCGGUUUGAUGUACACCAACUGGCAAAUGACCCAUACCUUCUCCCACACAUGAGAAGGUCAAAUUCUUCAGGGAACUUACACCUGGCUGGGCUGACAGCAUCCCCUACACCCCCUUCUUCAAGCAUAAUUACUUUCUGACUUGCCUCCAAGAUUGGCAUAUCUUUGAAUCGCUUCCAGAUGCACACUUGAGUUUGAGAGCAUUUGAGUGUUUUUUGUUUUCUUUUUUUACACAGGACAUGGUUAAGAACUGUUUGUGAACUGUAGUUCUUCAUAGUGUCAUUUGUAUGAGAGUGGAUCAUGGACAAUGAAUAAAUGUACACUUCUGACUAUAACCUUGAGUGGUGAAGGAUGACUGCCUGUUGCACAGAAACAGGAAUACCAUGUUAAGAUGGAAGAAAAAAUUUUUUUGUUUAUUUGGGGGAACACUGUAAAUAACGUUUAUAAUACUUAAAUACAUUUGGUUGUUACUAGAGAGUUCUAAUAUGAAGGGUAGUUUUUCAUUAUUUAAAAACACAUGGAAAAAAUAUGAGACAUAUUUCUAACACAAGAACUACAGUGCCUGGAUACAUUAUUCAGCAUUUGGCAGUUAAUCUGCUGAAACCAAAGUAAGAACUGAAUGACAGUGACAGUUGUGUUUUAUAGUAAUAGAAUGUGAGAGUUAGAAUCUUUGGACAAAGUUAGGCUUUGUCAUUUGCCUAUUCUGGCUUUUACCAAGUUGUACCUCGAAAUCACAUGUCCGUUUUUCUCACUGGUUAUAUUAAAGGGAGAGCUAUUAUUUCUAGAUACUUUACACCUUUGACAAAAUGAGCUGCUUGUUUUGAAAUCAGUUGAACUCACUAAAUUGUAAUAUCUCCAGUGUUUUCAAUAUGUUAGAAUCGUUAACAAAUAUUUUUCUUUUGUUACCAGGCCUUGUUCAUCAAAACAAGUGACAGUAUAUAACCAAAUGCAGACCAGUUCUAUGCAGGAUAAUGAUAAAUUCCCUUCUAGCACUAUUGUAAAUUGUUGUACAGAUGUCAUAUAUUUCAUUUACUAAGUUUCAGCAGCUUAUUCUUGUACAAAUGUUUAAAAAUAUGGCUUUUCUAAUUGGAUAUUGUAUUUUUUUUAAGUCUUCUUGAAGGCGCUUUAAUUGCUGCUAAAUGAUGUUGCUUCUUUGCUAAAAAAUUGAAUGACCUUGAAGGUGCAAGUUGACUGUACAUUAUAGAGAGAGAUUAAAAGCAGGCAUUCAUUAACAAUCAAGGCAUGUAAAAAUGGUCCAAAGUGGACAUACUGAGUUCUUUAAAUCAGUUUCUUGGGUUCUAGGGCUGUGGAGCACAUAGAUACUAGAUUUAUAAAUUGUUCAUGGUUAUUGUACAUUUCUAGAAGGUUCUUAUCAGCAAGGUGGGAUGAUGGUCCCAUAAAUAAGUUUCUUGUGGUUUGUACAGAUUUGUUAAAAUGUGAACAUUUUCUAAACUGCCUUGUAUGGCAGAAACCAAUAUUUUUCAGGAUGCUGUAUUUUACUCCUGUAAGAAUUUUUUCUUUAGUGUCAUAUUCAUAAUGUUGAUACUUACAUGUAAGUUGUCCAUGUUGCAGAAAAUGGAGGCUAUACUUACUUACCACAGAUUCUCCUUAAUAUUGUACAUUUAAACUGUGGCUCUUAUUUCUGAUGUUCCAAGCCAUUUUGUUUUUUCAUUGUACAUAGACACAUUGUCUCUUUUAAGAUGCUGCUGAAAUUGUAGAGAAUGUAGCCAAAAUAGUAAUAAACAAUGACAGUUAAAAUGUAAAGACUAUGAAAAUUAUAUUCAAAGGGAGCUUUCAAGAAUUAGGAUAUUAACUAACUUAGCUCUUUUACUUAAAAAUCAGUUGACUAAAUUCUUUAAGGAUA